AACAUGACCCAUUGACCUCAUAUGGUCUUGAGCCACAUGUCAACUAAACAUACGACUUCUAUAUUAUAGCUAAUGUGGGCUGCUGAAUUGUACAUCCAGGGCACUUUUUACAACAGACGUAAAUCUUGACUCUCAGACACAUAUUGUAAUACAAAUCUAGAUGAAUAUGGCAGCUACCUCUGUAAGGAAAGUAAUAACAGCUUCUAAAGCCCCGACACCUCGAGCACCGUAUAGCCAAGGAGUUCAAAUUAACAACACUCUGUAUAUCUCUGGACAAACUGGAGGCAAUCCUGAGACACAGACAAUAGUUUCUGGAGGAGUAGUUGCUGAAGCUGAGCAGGCUUUGAAAAACAUUGGUGCUAUUUUAGAAGCUGCUGGGAGUUCAUUUGAUAAAGUUGUGAAAUGCACUGUUUUAUUGCAAGAUAUCAAUGACUUUGCUGCAGUCAAUGAGGUGUAUUCUAGAUACUUUCCCAAUAUUAAACCAGCUAGAGCAGCUUAUCAAGCUGCUGCUCUUCCACGGGGAGCCAAAGUAGAAAUUGAAGCCAUUGCAAUAGUUGGAGAAAUUAUUGAUGAAUGAAUAUUUGUAGUAUAUAACUUCAAUCUAGAAAAUUACAUGAAUGGCUUGUAGACUUCAUGUGUUAUAUGUUAAGGCAUAUAAGUAAUUGUUACUUGAAGAAUACAAUUAAAAAUGGCAAUGAAUAUUUUA